CCAAAGUAUCAAACCACAGCAAUCACAUUGAUACUCAAUGGCUUCUUCUUCAGAUAAUGAAGAAGUGAGGGUACUGGGAAAAUGGGCAAGCCCAUUCAGCAACAGAAUAGACCUUGCUUUGAAGCUAAAGGGUGUUCCGUACAAGUACUCAGAGGAGGAUCUUGCUAACAAGAGUCUUGACUUACUCAAGUAUAACCCUGUUCACAAGAAGGUACCUGUUCUUGUUCACAAUGGGAACUCCAUAGCUGAGUCACUUGUUAUUCUUGAAUACAUAGAUGAGGUUUGGAACAACAACAAUAACCACGCCUUUUUGCCACAAGAUCCUUAUCAUAGAGCCUUGGCACGUUUUUGGUGUAAGACCCUUGAUGACAAGAUCUUGCCUGCCAUAUGGAAUGCUUGUUGGAGCGACGAGAAAGGGCGCGAAAAAGCCGUUGAGGAAGCCUUGGAAGCUCUCAAGAUACUGCAAGAUGAACUGAAGGACAAGAAGUUCUUUGGAGGAGAGACCAUAGGAUUGGUUGACAUAGCAGCAAAUUUUAUUGGCUACUGGGUUUCUAUAUUACAAGAAAUUGCAGGAUUAGAGUUAUUGACCAUUGAGAAAUUUCCUAAGUUAUAUGAAUGGAGUCAAGAGUAUAUCAAUCACCCCGUGAUCAAGGAAGGCCUGCCUCCAAGAGAUGAAUUGUUUGCAUUUUUCAAAGCAUCUGCUAAAAAGUAGAAACCAUUUUGGCAUUUUUAGAGCCAUGGAGCCAGAGCCUCCACGAUCGCAAGAACAUGCUGCAUUUUCGCUUGCCCGACAUAUGCACCUUCUCCUUGCUGAUCCAAAGCAUUAUGGUACAAGUAAUCUCGGAAGAAAUGUCACAAAGAAAGCAAAAUAUCAACUCUUGGAAGUUACUAGAUACUUGUUAGUCUAGAGCAUUGUAAAAAUGUUAUGAUAAUUCACUGUUUUAUACUUGUAAUUUGCAAUUUCCAAACUGAAACAACUUUGAAGAAAAUAUAAGCAUAUAUAAUUGAUCUAUUUCCUUGAAGUGUUGAAGAUAGAAUUUGUGAGAAGACAAUUGAUGAUGCAAUUUGUUUUGAAGCACUAGAGA